AUGAGGUUCCAUUCAUUGUUAGGCUCGGCCGCUGCCGAAAUCGCUGUCAUAAUCCUCCUUUUCACUUCCACAUUACCUUCCACGCAAGGAGUUCUGACACCGGUUCCACCGCCGCCAAUUGACCUUUCAUCCCUCGGCAGUGUGGCAUUAGCUGGUAAUUUUGACACGAUUUCGAUCUACUCCUACGAAGGGCAGAGUCAGGGAAGCAGCACGAAUGGUUCACAAUCAGUUCUGUCGCCACUGCCAAGUGGUGCAUUUGGUGGCAUAUCUGCGGCCGAUGCAAACAUCAACACAAUGUGUCCGUUUGUGAUGGAGGGUGGAACGUUGGCUGGAGUAAUUGUUGGCGGUAAUUUCACAAGCCUGGGAGGGGUGGAUGCACAGGGGAUUGCACUUCUCGAUCCAAACACACAGCAAGUCACUCCAUUGCCUGGCGUUUUUGGAAGCGUCAACGCCAUGUUAUGCGAUCGGGAGACCAACUCGGUUUACGUGGGAGGCGCCUUUAAAGCCGCAAAUUCGACGAAUGCUAUCGCGUGGGUAGGCAUGACAGGAUGGAGCAAUUUACCCUUCGCGGGGUUUAAUGCGCCUGUGACAUCCAUCACAAAGGCGCCAGACGGUCAUAUCAUAUUCGGCGGCUCCUUCAGUGGCCUGGGAAAUUCAACAACGCCAACCGAUAGAGAUGAGCAAGUCAUCAAUCUCCAGACUGCGCAGAUUACUGCAAGCGCCUCUGAAGGGUCAUAUGAGCCGCAGAAUAUCAUCUGCCCAACCAACGGUAACGAGGAUCGAGCUUGGCUCCUCCCAGACAAUACGCCUGGGUACUGGCGUGCAAGCAUGGGAUUUGGAUAUCAACCAUCGAUGUUGCGUAUCUAUAACACCAAUGAGAAUGGCAAAGGCACGAAGACUUUCCGCUUCACAGCGCGUCCUAUUAAUGGAAUCAUGAACUUCACCUACGUCGAUCCGGCAACAGGAGAAGAAGCUGCUUGCGAUGCAAGGUGUCCGUUAGUCCAGAAUUCUUCAGUGCCAUACCAAGACUUUCGAUUCGUGAAUGAGGUGGGCAUGAAUAGUUUUCAGAUCGACAUCUCCGAAUGGUACGGGUCUGGUGCAGGUUUGGCAGGUAUCGAACUGUUUCAGGAUGACAUGUUUGCAUAUGCUGUCAACGACUAUAAUGAACCCUCAUGUGCACGCAGUGAAUAUUCAUCCAGGUCAUCCACAACUGGCACUUGGUUUUCGAGCCCUCCUGGUCGCACUGGCGCUGAAUACCUGGUUGCCAACGUUUCAGGUGAAGUUCGACCUUCAAUCACCUUUGAGCCCAACAUCAGGCAAUCAGGUAACUAUUCGAUCCUUGUCUACACUCCAGGCUGCAUACAAGACAAUGCCUGUGCAACUCGUGGUAUUGUGAACGUCACAGCAUCGUUGACUGGCAGUGGCAGUCCUGCGCACACCACACAGAUCUUUCAAACCAACAAUUUUGACAAAUUUGACCAGAUCUAUCUUGGACCGGUAGACGGAAGUAGAGACUCCUUUCGACCGCGGGUUACUUUGACACCUAUCUCCGAUCAGGGCACAGUUGUCGCCUCUCGAGUUAGGUUCGAUCUCAUUGCUUCUACCGGUGGACUGAACGGGUUGUUCGAAUAUAAUCCCAACGUUGCUGUUGUCGAUACCAAUUUCUCGAACUCUGCUAUCAACAAUGCCGGAACCAGGUUGGAUCCUGGCGCCAGCGUUACUGCAUUGGCCACGCAUGAUCAGACCAUCUACGUCGGUGGAAACUUUAGCGACACUGUAUUCGAGAACAUCAUGGCGUUCUCAGACAACAAUGCCACAUCUCUUCCUGGUGGAGGGCUGAAUGCCGCUGUGUCAGCUUUGUACAGCUUAGACGACUUUCUCUAUGUUGGAGGAAACUUUUCCAACACCAGUCAGGGUAACGUUCCUGGGUUAAGCAAUGUGGCCGCAUUCUCCUACUCCAGAAACGAAUGGGUUGCACUUGUCGCGGGCCUUUGCGAGACUGAGAAUCAGCCAGAAACCUGUAUCUCGUUCAAUGGAGCUUUCACUGAAAUUCUGGCAGUCGGCAAUGGCCGACCUUCGAGAGCGCAACACCUUGCAAUCUGGGUACCGUCUCGCAAUGACUGGUUGCAGAACUUGGAUAUCCCUCGCACCGCUCUCCGUGGUCAACUGACUUCCUUUGCCGAUGUUCCCAAUGGAGCUAACUUGGUUGCUGGUACACUAACAAGCACUGGAAUAGAAAGUACUGGCGCAGUUGGCUUGCAGCCUGCGGAUGAUGGCGUCCGAUUAGCACAGCUGCCAAUUAAUUUUGAGCAAACCUCAACCCAAGGUUCCCUAUCCAAGCGAGCUCUGACUGGCGAUCAAAAUGUCAGCGGCGUUGUAACUGGACUCUUCUACAAUAGCGGAGGGCGUAACGUCACUGUGUAUGGUGGACACUUUGCCGCCGCAUCUAGCACUGGCAACACAUUGAACAACUUAGUAUUUCUGAAUGGAUCGAACAAUGAUGAAGUGACCGGUCUGCCCGAUGGAAUUGACCAGAAUUCGACAUUCCUUGCAUUAGCCUUGCAGAACGAUCUACUGUUUGCAGGAGGUAGCGUCAGUGGCCGUCUUGCCGACACGCCGAUCAACGGUCUUGUCGUGUAUGAUUUCACGCGGGCAGACUACAUCACUUCUCAGCCACCGGCUCUGCAAGGUGAGAAUGUGGUGGUCAAUUCAAUCAAAACGCGUCCCGGUUCUUCUGACGUCUACGUGGGAGGCUCCUUUGAUACUGCUGGUUUCCUUGGCUGCGAGAGUCUUUGCAUAUUUCAAGCCAGCAGUGGGCAGUGGAAUAGCCCUGGAUCGGCCUUGAGCGGGACUGUAUCUAGCCUUACGUGGGCUUCCAACAACAGACUUGUAUUAGCGGGUAAUCUCACCGUUGGCGGUAACGAUACCUCUCUAGCGACCUAUGAGCCAGACAGUCAGACGUGGACGGCAUUGUCCAUUCCACAAGUCCCCGGCCCGGUGACUGCAUUCGCUCCGGCCACGAUCGAUGUCUCCCAAUGGUGGGCAGCUGGGAGGAGGAGUGAUGGAUCCAUUUUUCUGGGCCAGUACGACGGUACCAACUAUCACCCUAUCAAUGACGCUUUCACCCCCACCACAUCGAUUCGUGGCUUGCAAGUUAUUGGGUUAACCGAACAACACCAGCCCAGUGAUGUGCUCGAAAGGGACCAGUCUUUGCUGAUUACCGGUCAGCUCGACCUUCGUGAUUUCGGCAACGUAUCCGCAGUGCUCUACAAUGGGACCACUUUUACACCGUUCAUUCUCUCCUCUACCGCUGAUGGUCAACCUGGGAGCGUCAGUCAAAUGUUCUCGUCGCGGGUGAAUCCUCUCCGAAGUGGUGGUGGUCGUCAUUCCAAUGGCAUCACGGUACUGGUGGCCCUUUGUGCUGCUCUUGGAACCAUCUUCCUCGUUGUCCUCCUCGGCGUCAUCAUUGACCGAAUACAAAGGCGUCGCUCAGGAUACACCAGAAUCCCCGCCAACCACACAGACAAGUCAAGCAACAUCAAUCGUGUGCCACCUGAGACACUUUUUGGCAGUUUGUCACAUCGAAAUUCUCCACCGCACGUUUGA